CAAGUAAAAAAGUAUCAUUUUUCGUCUAAUCUUGUCGUUCGCUCUCCACAAUCUCCCUCUGUAUGUGUGUGGGGAGACUGCAGUGAAGGUUCAAUACUGCAGACCCAACAAUGGAUACCUUACCAAGAAGACAUGAGAGCCCAUACACAUCUCUCCUUCCAUCCCCGACAAGUCACAGCACGACCAGUAGUAGCAGCAGCGACACAAACAGCCCCACUCACGGGCUUCAGCAGACUCAUAAUAACAACCUAACCCCUACGCAUCCGCCGACUCCUCCAACGAAUCCCAUCACCAGAUCCGAAUCCACCAACCCUUACCCGACUACUUUCGUCCAGUCCGACACCACUAACUUCAAAAAUGUCGUCCAAAUGCUCACUGGUUCAUCCGAGACCGCCAAGAAUGCAAGCUCCAAACCCGCAUCAAACACCCAGCAUCAACCCGACCCGUCUCCCAGGAACCAUACUCACAGUAUUCCUCCCAUCAAAUCUAUACCCAUGAAGCAGCACUCUGGGUUCAAGCUUUACGAGCGAAGAAACUCCCUGAAGAACUUCAAGAUCAGCCCCCUUAACCCGUUCUUUAACCCAAAUAACUCCGGAUUCUCCCCCCGGAAACCCGAGAUCCUAUCUCCUAGUAUUCUUGAUUUCCCUGCUCUGGUACUCAGCCCGGUUACGCCGUUGAUACCUGACCCGUUCGACCGAUCUGGGUUUGUGAAUUUUAACUGUACUAAUGUGAAUAAUGUGAAAUUAGAUGCUGGGGCAGAGGAGAAAGCCAUUAAAGAGAAGGGCUUUUACUUGCAUCGGUCGCCCGCGACCACGCCGCGAGGAUCGGAGCCGAGGCUUUUGCCGCUUUUUCCGGAGACGUCACCCAGAGUUCCAGAGAAGUUGAAAUGGAGAAGGAAUGUCAAGCCUGUAAUGUUGGAUAAUUGGACGAGAGAAUAUUGCUUCAAUUAUAUUAUUUGGGUUCUGAUAUUCUCUUCUAAUCCAAUUGUAAUGUGCUUCAUUUUCCCUUUUGUGUUUGGUUGCUGAGAAAGUUAAGGCCAAGAUGAAAUGGUGAAUGGUCAGGCUAUUCAGUUGAAUGUAGGGUUUCAUCCAAUGCAACAACUUUGAAGUCAAAUUAGAAGUCUUUUUUAUGUAUUGAUUGAUGUGAUGUUUGCUUUUGUUUGGUUUGAUGGGUUGGAUUACUAAAUUGAGUGAAUUCCCAAUAUUUUACACUGCAAGUCUGUUUUUCAUGGAUUACCAUAGAUUGCAUUAGUUGAGUCAAGUGACUCAUCUUUCUCGACUUUUCUAGUGUAUCAAUAAAUGCAGAAAUGAAUGACUGAGAUCUAUUUCAGUUCCG